GCAUUAAAAACAAUAUGGCGACUGAAUCUUCAUCAGGCGCAAAAGAGAUACUUUCGCAAAUAUUUAACCGUAUCGAAGAAUUGUCGGAUGCCUUGGCAAGUACCGGGGCAUCUUCCAAUAACUAUGCUAGUGUUGAAGUUCAUGCUCGGUUGAGAAUGAAGUAAGAAAGACGUUUGGACAACAUUCAUCAUCAUCAGGUAUGGAAGUAAAUCAACCAAGUAAUACAACGCAGUCGCACUGCACAAAUCAUGCAUCCGUCACAGCUUCCUCUUCACAUCUGGCAACUCCUUCCUACAAUACCAGAAGAUAUUUCGGUGACCAACGGUCAACUAUGAGAUCAAAUCGUCGGAGAAAAUGUUCUAAAUCGAAAAAAGUUAGUACUGGGCCAUUCUCGCGUGAUCUUAUCUUACUAUCAGGUCCAGAUGACAAGAAUGUACCUCGUCAAGGAGGAAAAGUUUUUCUGCAGGAAAAUGGACACAUCAUCAGUGCGUUUGAAUUUCACAAAGAGUGGACUGACAUUGACGUAGAACUUGAAAUACGCCAAGCUUUUCAAGGAACCCUGCCUGAUGACGUGGAAAUUGAGAUUGUGCAUUCUGUCCAUACAGCACUUCUCAAACCUACAUUAGCUCAAGGUCAAUAUUUAAAUGGUUCUGUAAUCAACAGAAUCUUUAGCAACAACAAACCAGUUUAUAUUAGGCCAUGUAGACAAAUCCUAAAUCAGCCUACAAAUAAAGAGAAACGUAAAAGGUAUAGUCUUCCAGAAAAUGUGUUUGACGAUGUUGAGGAUGAUGAAUUAUGGAGGCUAUCAAAUGAUUCAAGUCUUAAUGAAAUCUUAACUAACAAUUUUCAAGCAAAUCAAGUUCAAUUUGGAGAAACAAAUCAAGCUACUGUGGUCAUAGAUGAACCCUUGAAGCAACAUGAAGCCAUUAAUAAUAAGCAGCUUGAUGAUGCUGAUGCAGAUAUGACCAAUACUGAACCUUCUACUGAAAUGCAAAACAACCAGUGUGAAUUGUUUGAAACAAACUUGGAAGAACCAUUUGAUUUACAAGAUGAUGGAGACGUAAAUAUUGAUGCAGAUGGUGAAUUGUACAGUGGUAAUCAGCUUCAUGAAAACAAUCGUUUGGUUAAGGAAAUCGCCAUUAACCGCCACAAUGUGUUAGCAGACAUGAUUAUUGCGUUCAAGGACGAAAGUAUUUUGUCGUGUUGCCUAGAGAUUGUAUUUAUCGACGAAGCAGGAGAUAUUGAAAACGGAAGAGGUUCUGGUGUAAAACGAGAGGCGCUUAGCAUAUUUUGGAGAGAGUUUUAUAACUCACUGGCUACUGGUGCUUCCGAAAAAGUCCCAGCUAUAGGUCGUGACUACCAACAGAGUGAAUGGAAAAGUAUUGCUCGUAUUCUUGUUGCAGGAUUUAUUAACUUUGGAUAUUUUCCUGUUACUUUGUCCAGUGCAUUUAUUGCUUCCUGUCUUUUUUCGGAGGACGCGAUUCCUAAGGAUUGGCUAGUAGAGUCUUUUCAUCAAUAUAUAUCAAAGGACGAAAGUGACACUUUAAAAAGAAGUAUCAGUGAUGAAUGCCCCGACCCGUCAUUGGACGAAGAUGUAGCUGACGUGCUUUCAAGUUUUAAGUGCCGCAGGGUGAUUAAAAAGAGCUCGAUGUCAAAAAUUAUUGAGGAGUUAGCUCAUCAAGAAAUAAUACAGCGUCCAAAAUACGUGGCUAAUACAUGGUCACCGAUCCUGAAGAAACUGAAAGGUUUUAAGCAAUUUGAAACUGUUGAGAGUUUGGUGAGUUUUUAUGAAGCAAAAAAGCCAAACCAGAAAAAGGUUUGCAAGCUUUUUAUUUCAAGCCCAGCCUCUGGUGCCGAACGGGAAUGCUUCUCUCAUUUAAAGCGGUUUGUUAAAUCUCUUGACGACAACGUUAUUAUUGUUUUUCUCCAGUAUGUUACUGGUAGCAACAUCAUUGCAGUUGAUUCAAUCGAGGUUGCAUUUAGUGAUGAAUCAGGAAACGCACGUCGACCUGUUGCGCACACAUGUGCUCCUCUACUGAUAAUACCAUCAACUUACCAGUCAUACAACGAACUGUCCGAGGAAUUCAAUAACAUUUUUCGACGAGAAGCUGCAUAGUCAUUUUACAUAGUUUAAUAGAUAAUGGAUAAAGACGAACAAUUAAACAACAAUGUUGUGGUUGAAGUUAUACUAUACUGUAUACGUACGUAUAAAACUGUUCUGUUAUAGUGUUCUGUUAUCAAGAGUUUUAAUAUGUUCAAAUAUGUUCUGUUAUAGUGUUCUGUUAUCAAGAGUUUUAAUAUGUUCAAA